GGAUACAUCACAGCUGUGUCCAAGAAUGUGAUACUUAUGCUUUUGUAUGUCUUCAUCAACUAUAUUAAUGGUACACUUGUCCACACCUUUGUCAGUCAUGAGAUUAUUAAUGAGAAUCCUCGCUACAUACUCUUCAUUCAUAUGGUUGUGAAUGACAUGAUUCAGCUGACAAUUUCUGUGAUGCUUCACCUUAUAGUAUACAUUUUCUAUAGGAUUAAUGUCUCUUUAUGUUGUGUCCUUUUAAUAAUUGCGGUAUUCACAACACUCAACACUCCACUAAAUCUUGCUGGUAUGGCCAUAGAACGUUAUAUAGCAAUCUGUAACCCAUUAUAUCACAGCCAGAUCUGUACGAUGCGAAGAACAUAUAUCUUGAUUAGUCUCAUCUGGUUUCUGGGUUCAAUCCCCAUUUUGCCAGAUCUGUUCAUUCUUGUAGCCACUGAGCCAUCAGAAUUUUUUUAUUCGCCAGUCAUCUGCACUCGAGACUCUGUGUUUCGGCAUCCAUAUUUGGUGGAAAAAAGGAACAUCUCACAUCUGAUCUACCUUUCAUUUGUCUGGCUUACUUUGGUGUAUACAUACUUUAGGAUCAUGUUUGCUGCCAAAGCUGCUGGCUCACAGGUCAAAAAGGCUCGCAACACAAUCAUCUUACAUGGAUUGCAACUUGUGCUGUGUAUGUUCACAUAUAUUGGCCCACCACUUGAAAGCUUCUUCACCACCCUUUUCCCUACAUUUACAUCUGAAAUAAGAUAUAUCAAUUUUCUGUUUGUUCAGGUUUUACCCAGAUUUUUAAGUCCCAUUAUAUAUGGGUGGAGAGACCAAAUGUUGUCAUCAUAUCUGAAAAGGAAGUUCUUGUGUUAUAAGAAGAAAAGUCAAAUAAAAACCACACAUAACACAUAA